AUGUCCGCCUUACGCGGGCACAAAUCCCGUGUCACGACGGCUAUCGGAACGUUAACCAAGAUGAUUUCAGCCGUCGAUUCUUCCUACUUGACCGCACCCGACACUACUUCUACUCCAGAAGUUCAAAUGCGAAACAUCCUUCGUCGUCGAGGAGCAAUAUCAGCCGCCAAGUUCGCAAUCGAAAGAGCAUUGGAAAUCCUCAAGGAACGUUAUGAAGCACUACUACUAUACAUUCAGACUCAGCCAGAUCGCGCAUCUGUCAGUGAAGAAGUUGAUCAAUUCUGGAAUGAAAUUUAA